AUGGAAGAGGGAAAGAAGCACUUUGUGUUGGUUCAUGGUGCAGCCCAUGGAGCAUGGUGCUGGUACAAGCUGAUCCCGCUCCUGAAAUCCAGUGGUCACAGAGUUACUGCUCUCGAUCUCGGAGCUUCCGGGGUGGAUCCUAAUCGUCUGGACGAGAUUGCCACGAUUUCGGAUUAUGCUCGGCCGUUGAUGGAGUUCAUGGCCUCCCUGCCUGAAGAUGAUGGCAAGGUGAUUCUGGUGGGUCACAGCUUUGGUGGCUACGUUAUAUCUCUGGUCAUGGAAAUGUUCCCUCAGAAAGUGUUGGUGGCUGUUUUUGUCACUGCCGAAAUGCCUAAUCUCGUCGAGCCUCCUGCCACUCUCAUGAUAGAGAUCCUGGAGAGGACACCAGAGGAGGUCUUUGCACUAUGCGAAGUAGAAUUCGACAAAGAACAAGAAAGGCUUCCAAUAUCAGCACUUUUUGGGCCGGUUUACCUGGAAACCAUAAUGUACACAAACUGCCAGCCAGAGGCAAGUUCUUCUACCUUCUGCACAAACAUUCAUCAGGAUCUGGAACUGGCCAAGCUAAUGAUGAGGCCAUUCAAGUUCUUCCUGGGGGACAUGUCCAAGGAAUCCCUGCUGAGCGAGGCCAAAUAUGGCUCUGUGAAGAGGGUGUACAUUGUGUGCAAAGAUGACAUCGUGACGAUGCAGGAAUUCCAGGAAAGGAUCAUCGAGAGCUACCCGCCGGACGAGGUGAAGUACAUCGAAGGAGCUGAUCAUAUGGUCAUGCUGUCGAAGCCGAACGAGCUCUGUCAGUGCCUGCUGGAAGUUGCUGAUGAGGAUUGGUUGAGUUGUGAUGGUGACCAGCUUCAGGAAGAAGUAGUUCAGCCUAGCGAUCACCAGAAUGUGAGUCAGGUUAACUGCUCGUCGGACUGA